AUAAAGUAAAGCGCGAUCGAUCUCAUUCGCAGCGAGCAAGCGUGAAAAAAAUCACGGACAAUGGCUGACAACGGUUCCCUUUCGGAGUUCCUCGCCGUCGCCGUGGAUGCUGCGAAAAGCGCCGGAGAGAUUAUUCGUAAAGGAUUUCACGAGAAGAAGAAUGUGGAGCACAAAGGGCAGGUUGAUUUGGUGACGGAGACGGAUAAAGCAUGUGAAGAUCUUAUAUUCAAUCACCUUAAGAAACACUACCCUGAGCAUAAGUUUAUAGGUGAAGAAACUUCUGCAGCAUUUGGCACUUCUGAGCUGACUGAUCAUCCUACAUGGAUAGUUGACCCUCUUGAUGGAACAACUAACUUUGUUCACGGGUACCCCUUUGUGUGUGUAUCGAUUGGUCUUACAAUUGGAAAGGUACCUACAGUUGGUGUUGUAUACAACCCAAUACUUAAUGAGCUUUUCACUGGUGUCCGAGGGCAAGGUGCUUUCUUGAAUGGAGAUCCUAUAAAAGCAUCAUUGCAAUCUGAGCUGGUGAAGUCCCUGCUCGUGACAGAGGUUGGAACAAAGCGUGAUAAAUCAACUGUAGAUGCCACAACUAACAAAAUUAACAGCCUAUUAUUCAAGGUGAGAUCCCUUAGAAUGAGUGGUUCUUGUGCUUUAAACCUUUGCAGCAUUGCAUGUGGUAGGAUCGAUCUCUUUUAUGAGCUUGGAUUUGGGGGACCUUGGGACGUGGCUGGUGGAGCUGUGAUUGUUCAAGAAGCUGGAGCCCUUGUUUUCGAUCCGAGUGGAGGAGAUUUUGAUAUAAUGUCUCAGAGAGUUGCAGCUUCGAACGUCCAUCUGAAGGAUUUAUUUACAGAUGCAUUAAGGGAGUCAGGGAUUACUCAGCAACCUUGAAGGUCCGAUCUUUUACUAGAUUUGCCUAUUAAACUGCAGAUGGUGCUGUAUACCUGAUUCUUCUAUAUGCAUGUAUGUUGAUUUGAAACCUAUAACAAGGCAUUCUUGUCCUUAAUAAUAAAGUAACGUUCAUAUUUUCUAGACUGA